UAGCUAGGAGCUUGGCAUCAUACGAUGUCUGAGGUGCAGCUGACAUCACUUUAACACCCCGGGAAAUCCCCGUUUCUAAUCUAGAAUAGAUAAGAAAUAUGCCUAUAUAUACGUUCAACUAACGUAGAAAUCAUAAGCUGCCAUCUGGGUGAAUUAUCUGUAAUAAUUCAUUUAUUUACCUUUAACUUAUUUAGCUAAAUUUACAUUUUGCUUUAAUUAUUCUUCCUCAGAAUGCACCCUUUUCAUAUUUUUCGAGUAUUUUUAAUAUUUCGAGCUUUGAUAUCGAGUUCUGCAGCAGAUGUAGAGAGCAUCUGUGCUUAUACCCGACUUGCGUCCAACGGCGAAACUCACUACAGUUUCCUCCGGACGGGCCACCACAGCCUUCACCAUCGUUCCCCCGCCGUGCGCCUCUACCACUCCGUGUGGUCCCCAGACCGCGCGCUGCUCCAGUGCUCCUGGUUGGAGGACGCAGCCGUCACAGAAAACUAUCUAUCCCUGUGCCGAGAGAAAACUAAUGAGUUCUUGGAGAAUCACAGUGAGCAUUUAAAUAUCAAUGCAUUGUUUGCAUCAAAUCGAUUAUGUGACGACGUGAACGCACCGUUUGUGGUUAAAGAACGCGCAAGCCGAAGCAGAAAGGCAAGAAGCGUUGGCGCGCUGAGCGAAAGAUCCAAGGCGGCGAGCCACCGGCGCGUGAAGCGCGGGUUUAUUGUACCUGGGACGCUCUGGUGCGGGUCUGGCAACAAAGCACCGUCAUAUGCAGAUUUGGGAGCCUUUACGGGGACGGACAGUUGUUGUCGUGAACAUGACCAUUGUCAGGAGACAAUCUUGUCCUUCCAAAACAAAUUCGGCGUCUUCAACACUAAUAUCUUCACCAUGUCUCACUGCGAUUGUGAUAACAGGUUCCACAGUUGCCUAAGGAACGCCAACGACAGCAUAUCCGACGUGGUUGGGAAGGUCUUCUUCAACAUGCUGCAGAUGAACUGCUUUGAGCUCUCCUACACAGUAAUCUGCAUGGAGAGGAACUGGUUCGGCAUGUGUAAAGCGACCCAGACGGUGCUCCAGGCAGAAGUCCACCCUCCCGUCGCCUACGAGCCCCACGCCUCCACGUCCCAAGAGACCGCCACUCAGGAGAACGACGAUCAGGAAAACGCCACUCAGGAGAACGCCACUCUGGAGAACGCCACUCUGGAGAACGCCACUCUGGAGAACGCCACCCUGGAGAACGCCACUCUGGAGAAUGCCACUCUGGAGAACGCCACUCUGGAGAACGCCAUCCUGGAGAACGCCAGUCUGGAGAACGCCACUCUGGAGAACGCCAGUCUGGAGAACGCCACUCUGGAGAACGCCAGUCUGGAGAACGCCACUCUGGAGAACGCCAGUCUGGAGAACGCCACUCUGGAGAACGCCACUCUGGAGAACGCCACUCAACAGAACGCCACUCAGGAGAACGGUACUCAAGAGAAGGCCAUUCUGGAGACCGUGACUCAGGAGAACGCCACUCAAGCGACCCCGACCAGGAGCUCGACGCCGCACGCUGAUCCCCCGGCGAUGACCUCUGACCUCACCUCUGCUAGCGCCGCGGGCCCCGCCCUCAGUGUCGGUGUCUGGGCCACUCAGAUGGCGAGCAGCAUGUCUCCAUCUCCAGGCCAGGAGCUGUCGUGUGAGGCGUACAGAGAGCUGGACCAGUGCAGCAGAGCCAGGAUCCUUCCCAAGCAGAGGAGAUACGGACUCCUGAACCCGGACACCAGGACCCUGUACCACUGCAGCUGCACAAAAAGAUUGUUUCAGAUUUUAGCCAAUCAGAGGCGGCUGACAGACGUGGACAAAUUUCUCCUGGACAGAGUUUCCCAAUCCUGCUUCCUGAUACCGGACUGUGGAGCGGGCAAGAUAUGUAAAGCCAUUGUACACCGUCCUGCCCUGCCAACAUUGGACAGGACCAUUCCCGGUGGGGAAAUGGAGGAUUGGCGCCACCUACAGGCCGUGAGUCUCCGUGUCAGAAUUUACAGGGUUAAACGAAAAAACGGAAAAGCGGUCAAACUCAGUACACUGUGCGAUCGGAUAAUCCGAGCCAAAGUACCAAAAACCCGGAGUGACAGCACACAUUGAUGGAUUCAUCUUGAUAGAGACACUGCUACAAUCACUUAUACAUAGUUCAUUUUUUGUAUAUAUUAUAUAUAGUAUUUGUUAUAUAUGAAAUAGUGUGUAUACAUUUGUUAUAUUUGUUAAAAAAAUGCUCCUUUGUUUCAAUAAAAUACCUGCACAUACCGUAA